AUGUUAUUUAUAAUACUUUUAGUGAAUUAAGUUCUAACUCUUUAAAUAGGAAAAGUAACUUUUGAUGUUUUAUUCCCACAUGACAAAAGAUUGGCUUUUAUUUAGUUUGACUAAAAAUUUGAAUAGAUUCCUUAAGUAGGUAUAUCUCUGAUAGCAUUACACGUUAAUAAUGAGGUUCCUAGAAAUAUAGGAAUUGAACCUAAACUAUUAUAAAUCACUUAAUAGGGUAUUAGAAAUAUGUUAUAAAGGAUUUCAACUGUAAAUAACAAAUCAUAAAUCAAAAAUUGAUCAUCUCGAAUAUUAAUGGUUAGCAGUAAUUGAUGAUAGAUUGAAAGUAAAUUGUGAAACGAUUUAAAAGACUACGACUAUAAAUUUUGGAAGGUAUUAAAAAAAUAUUAAGUUGAAAGAGAAUUUUGGGUGACACCAACUAUUUAAAUAUUUUUGGCAGGAUUUCAGAAAGAAUCAUAGAAAGGAGAUUUAAAGUUUUAAUUAUCGAUAAGCAAAUAAUAAGUUAAUAGUUUUGAGAUAGAUUUGAAUAAUUAAUCAGAGCAUAUUUUAAAGGACUUAUAAAUUUGGUAUAAAAAUAAUAAAUUAAAUAUGUUAGUUAUAUAGCAGGGCCAUAAAAUAUUGUAAAAUCAAAAUCAUUGAUAAAUAUAAAUUAAAAGACAGAUGAAUUUGUAGAUUUGGAAGGAACUCCCGAGAAUUUGAUUUAUGGAGUAAGUAAAAUAUCAAAUUUUUAUGGAGCCUUAAUGAUUCAAUUAGGAUAAUUUGAAUAUGAAUAAGAAAAGCCUGGUGUUGGAAUAAGUAAGGAAAUUAAUUUGAAUGAUUGUUAGGUUAGAUUGACAUGAGUUUAGGAAUGAUUUAAAAUGAUGGAAUGUAAUGUCCAAUAGGAUAUUAUGAAUGUAAUUUUAUGGGAGUAUCAAUUGAUCUUUGUGACAAUUCAAAUGGUUCUUAAGCUUGGAAGAGAAUUAAAUCGAUAAAGAAUAGAAAAGGAUGGAAUGGCAAAUUUAAAAUUGAUGGAAAGACAUUGAAAACUUAAGAUGCUGGUUGCAUUUAAGAUAUAUAAUUAUAUUUAGAAGCAUGAUGAUAGUUUAAUAAAAAUGGA